AUGAAGUUCGUAGCAGUGGUCGCGUGCGCCGUCGUGCUGCUGUGCGGUACGAUUAUCGCAUCACCAGUUGAUGCAGAAGAAGAGCAAAAUAAUGCAAGUUUAGAGAAUACGGAAGAUCAAGUGCGAGUGGAAAGAUCAGUGCCUGCCGUACUUUUGAAAAAUAGGCUUGAAGCUCUCGAAGAUGCUAGUGCCGAUAGUGUCAACGAUGAAUUAGAUUCCGGUGAUGAAGAGAAAGUGAGAUCCAAGCGUUCAGUUUACUGCACCAAUGUGGUGAAUGCCUACGGUGAAGUAGAGCUUGUGUGUGAAGAAGAUCUGAGUGCGGCUGCUAGUGACACUCAUUCAGUGCAGGUCAAACCGGAACCAAACUCCAAAGAAGAAGGCGCUGCGAGUCAUAGUGAAAGUACUCCACCUCCACACGCUCCUGCUCCUCAUGCUUCUCACGCAAAAGAAGAACAUUCCUCGCACGGUUCUCAUGAGGAAAGCAAAAAACCAGCACAUGAUUCGCACAGUCAUGAAUCUCACGACCAUAGCAAGGAAAGUCACGGAUCUACUACACGGAAAAGUAGUACAACCUACAGUGGACACAGUACUUCACAUUCAGGAUAUACUCCUAGUACACACUCAUACGCCGCCAAAGGUGGUCAUACUGCCCAUAGUUCUCAUAGUAGUCAUAGCGCUCACAGUACUCAUAGUUAUGCCAAGCCUAGUCAUCCUGCGCCAAGUUACUCAGCUCAUCAUGCCGCACCAAGUCAUCAUGCAACACCAAGCUAUCACGCGACACCAAGUCAUCACGCCGCACCAAGUCAUACUUCUCAUGGGUAUGGCAAAGGCGGUCACAGCACUCACGAUCAUGGCCAUGCAGCGCACAGUACAGCAGGGCACAGUUCAUACGGAAAGGGACAUGCUCCAGCGAAGAAGCCGGGAUACCGAAGUUAUCAAGAACCAGAACACAAACCGGCUCCCCAUUACGGUGGCCACUCCAAACCUGUGAAAUGUGGUAGCAAUCUCCUGGUUGGUUGCGCGCCCCUAGUUUCAAAAGUACCGUGUGUCCCAUUACAUGCACCGGCACCAUCAUAUCACGCUCCCAAGGCUCCAGAAUACCAUGCUCCGAAGGCCCCAGCAUACCAUGCUCCAAAGGCUCCGGAGUACCACGCAGCUCCGGCACCAGCCUACCAUGCCCCGAAGGCCCCAGAAUACCACGCUCCGAAAGCUCCGGAGUAUCACGCUGCUCCAGCACCAGCAUACCAUGCUCCGAAAGCUCCAGAAUAUCACGCUCCAAAAGCUCCAGAGUACCACGCAGCACCGGCUCCGGAAUAUCAUGCCCCGAAGGCCCCGGAAUACCACGCUGCUCCGGCACCAGCAUAUCAUGCACCGAAGGCUCCAGAAUACCAUGCUCCGAAGGCUCCGGAAUAUCAUGCCCCGAAGGCCCCGGAAUACCAUGCUCCGAAGGCCCCGGAAUACCACGCUCCAAAGGCUCCGGAGUAUCACGCUGCUCCAGCUCCAGAAUAUCACGCUCCAAAAGCUCCAGAGUACCACGCUGCUCCGGCCCCGGAAUAUCAUGCCCCGAAGGCCCCGGAGUACCACGCUGCUCCGGCACCAGCAUAUCAUGCACCGAAGGCUCCAGAAUACCAUGCCCCGAAGGCUCCGGAAUAUCAUGCCCCGAAGGCUCCGGAAUACCAUGCUCCAAAGGCUCCAGAAUACCACGCUGCACCGGCACCGGAAUAUCACGCACCGAAAGCCCCGGAGUAUCACGCUUCACAUUCUGCAGAAUACCACGCUCCACAGUCUGCGGAAUAUCACGCACCAAAGGCCCCGGAGUAUCACGCUCCCAAAGCGCCAGUUUAUCAUGCUCCUAAAGCGUCAGAAUACAAACCAGCGUACAAACCUCCCCCACACAAGGCAGAGGAAAAGGCCCCUUGCACUCCAUACCAUAAAUUCGUGAAAUCGUGCUAUUAA